AUGUAUAUUUUACAAACAACCACAGCGGUACUUAUCGCAUUUCUCGCCAUCAUCGCCUAUAGCGAAGUUCGAAAUCGUCUCACGAAAGGCCGGUCAAGAAGAAAAGACCUCGAAACCCCAGGCAGCCCCACGAUACCUGUCACCAACGAUGUCAAACCACCGCUGCAGAAUGCAAAUUCGGAAAAGCCUUCUAUGCCUGAGACGUCCCGUUUAGUCGACGAAGAACUGGAGAACCAUAAACAACUUUACUACAAACUACAUCACCUCGAAAACCACCCCGAGAUUUUACCAGAGUGCCGCGAACUGUUCCUGGGUCUACUCUCCUCAACGAUUGCUGACGCAGCCAAGGAAUCCCACAGUGGCAUCUUGUCUGUCGAGAGAUUCUCUCGCGAGGGAUUAGUUGAAUUCCUCAAAGCCAAAGACGUCGAUGUCACCAACCGAUGGGAGGAGUACCUUUCGCGCCGAAGAGCUGGAGGGUCUCGAGAGAUGUUCGGUGACAAAGACGAAGCGAAGUGGUGGCUCAAGCAAGCAGCACCAGUCAAAUACGUUGAUGGUGCAUGGCUCGGACACAUCAACAAGAUCACCACUCCUUUCAUGUACCGUCAAAUCACCAAAAAUGCCUGGCAGGUCAUGUCUGAAGAGCUCGGAGACGGAGAUCUCGCAAAGAACCACGUGCAUGUGUAUCGGGAAUUGAUGGACGACAUCGACGCCGGACUUCCUGCUGCUGACUCGGAAGAUUUUAUUCAUCCUCGUCACAACUUGACUGAAGCGCGUUGCUGGAAAGCUGCUAUGGCUCAACUAACCAUCUCAUUAUUCCCUCACGAUUUUCUCCCGGAGGCUUUAGGCUUUAAUAUGGCUUAUGAGAGUUUGCCGCUCCAUCUGUUGAAGACCGUCAAGGAGCUUCGCGAACUUCGACUAAACCCGUACUAUUUCGAGCUUCAUAUCUCCAUCGACAAUGCCGACUCGGGUCACGCUGCUAUGGCAAUGGCCGCAGUCACUAACUACAUUGAGUUGGUUGCAGAGCAGGAGGGAGAGGAAGCUGCGCAUGUCGCAUGGAAACGGGUGCAAGCUGGCUACAUCCUCGCUGAGGGCUUGCCGACAACUCCUGAAAGUCCGUCGCUCAAAGUCCAAGCUAAUGAACCCUUUCCUCGCACCGAUACAGAGGCGGCACUGAUCGAAAUCUUUGCUGCAAAAAGCUUCGUCGCCCACAAGAUCCACUGCAACAGUCGCCUGAAAAUUGGCCGCCGUUCGUUGGUAGAUUGGCUGGAGCCGAAUGCUUUCAAGGACGCUCAAUGGCAGAAGGAGUUCCUACAGGACCUUGGCAACUGCAAGCCUUGGGUUAUCAAGGGCAGCAGUGACAAGAGCAGACUAGUCAGAGAGUUGUCUUGGGAAGGCAAGAUGUUCGGAAGUUUUACUGAGAAAGAGGUAGAAAUCGUGAAAGCGUGGAUAGAUGAACUUGGCUCGCCUGUCCAAUCUCCAAAGCAAGACUCGAAGGUAUAUUUCGAGUUCACAGGACAAGCUUCCAGUCCUCCAGCGGAGUCGAUGACCCAGGAUCUGGACAUCCUUGUUAAUUACCCGGUCCUUGCGACGCCCGAGCCGGUUACUUCAUUCACAAGCAUCAAUGCCAGCGCUCUGGAUAUCGACGACGCACCAGCUCUUGAUUUGAGUAGGCUCAACGUCUCCAAUCUCCUCCCCUUAUGGCUCACCUCGCCUACUCUACUGGAAGCGCUCCCUGCAGUACCUGUCCGAGCUGCCGACGAAUUUGGCUCUGCCAUCGUACGUGUGCUUCGAGCUCAAACUGGAUUCAGCGCUGAAGGUCCUGGUGUAGCCGGCAUGGACGAAGUCCACCGUACUGAUGAUGGUCAAGCUAUUGGCCUUGUCGAGCUUGGCCUGGAACUGUGCCGCAACGGAGGCAUGCAGACACCGUCGAGCUUGAAGGAAGCAGUGGCAUUGGGUAAUAAUGAGUCAGUGUCGUUCUCGCAGUGGAUGAUUUGGAUGGGUAUGCGAUGGCUAGCCCACCGAGAUCUACUCGUGGGUAUGACCUGGGCCUUCAUGGAAGUGCACGAGGCGCUGGCUAGAUGUCAGGGAGACAUCGUACUAUUGAGCGAGGAGAGUCGGCGUGUACUGCAAGAGAUUGCGAUCAGAGAGAGGAAAGGAUUGAAUGUUUGUAGGGAAGAGAUUUUCCAGAAUCCAAAGCGCAAAGAGGAGUUUGGCAAGGGACUUGGUAUAGCGAGACAAGCGAUUGAAGCAUGUUUCACGAAGUAG